AUGCGUGAGGCAAUCUGCAUUCACAUUGGACAGGGCGGCGUUCAGAUUGGCAAUGCGUGCUGGGAGCUCUUCUGUUUGGAGCACGGCAUUCAGCCAGAUGGCCAGAUGCCUUCCGACAAGACCAUCGGUGGGGGCGAUGAUGCGUUCAACACGUUCUUCUCAGAAACUGGAGCAGGAAAACACGUGCCUCGCUGUGUGAUGGUCGACUUGGAGCCGACUGUUGUGGACGAGGUGCGCACGGGCACCUACCGUCAGCUCUUUCAUCCGGAGCAGCUGAUCAGUGGCAAGGAAGACGCGGCAAAUAAUUUUGCGCGUGGGCAUUACACCAUCGGCAAGGAAAUUGUGGAUUUGGUGUUGGACAGAAUUCGAAAGCUCGCAGACAAUUGCACAGGAUUGCAAGGAUUCUGUGUUUACAAUGCCUGCGGUGGUGGCACUGGAUCCGGCCUUGGUUGCCUGAUGUUAGAGCGUCUUUCGGUGGAUUAUGGGAAGAAAAGCAAGAUCUCCUUCACAGUGUGGUGUUGCCCUCAAGUCGCAACCGCUGUGGUCGAACCCUAUAACACUGUGCUGUGCGUGCACUCCUUGCUUGAGCACACGGAUGUGACGAUCAUGUAUGACAACGAAGCUCUCUAUGAUAUUUGCCGAAGGAACUUGGACAUUGAACGCCCAACCUACACCAAUUUGAACCGGCUGAUUGCUCAGAUCAUCUCGAGUUUGACCGCCUCCCUUCGUUUCGAUGGUGCACUGAAUGUCGACAUCACCGAAUUCCAGACCAAUUUGGUCCCGUACCCUCGCAUUCAUUUCAUGUUGACCUCUUAUGCGCCGGUCAUUUCGGCGGAGAAGGCCUAUCAUGAACAGUUGUCGGUGGCAGAGAUCACCAUGUCCGUUUUCGAACCAGCCUCGAUGAUGGUGAAAUGUGAUCCUCGUCACGGCAAAUACAUGGCCUGCUGCAUGAUGUAUCGUGGAGACGUGGUGCCAAAGGAUGUGAACGCAGCAGUGGCAACCAUCAAGACCAAGCGCACCAUCCAAUUCGUGGAUUGGUGCCCCACUGGCUUCAAGUGUGGCAUCAACUAUCAACCACCUACAGUGGUGCCGGGAGGUGAUUUGGCCAAGGUCAUGCGUGCCUGCUGUAUGAUUUCCAACUCCACCGCCAUUGCAGAAGUCUUCUCGCGUAUCGAUCACAAGUUUGACCUCAUGCCACUGGGCAAAAUCGAACGUCCUGAGGGAAGAGGGUUGAUGGGUCGAUCAAUGCCAGACAUGGAGAUGGAGAAAUUGCAUGAAAUUGCCUUAUUUCUGGCCAAAAAACGUUUGUUUUACAGAGUCUAA